UGUAUCCGGUAGGACACAUUAAGAGGUGACACGUUCCCAUGUCGAAGGAGGUUAAUAAAGCUUCAGAUGAAGACCUACGUGAGCCUUCUCUAUGCACGUCCACACAUCAUAGCACAUGGUGUCAGAAGUUAAGAAGCCCGUCUCAGGCAGAGAUCGGAGGACGAAGUCGGUGAGAAGCAGCAGUCUUUCCGCAAGCCGAAGUGAGAGGCUAAGAGGCUAAGUGCUACCGGCUAAGUUAACGGCGCAACGAGAGGUCCGGAGGACAGCGCAACGAUGAUGGAUUCCCUGUUUUCAAUCAACCCACCUGAGAACUUUGAUUUUGGUGACUACUCGUCAUGGCCCAACUGGAUUCGCCGUUUCGAAAGGUUUCGUGUUGCGGCGGGACUAGACGGCAAAGAGGAAAGCUACCAAGUAAACGCUUUAGUGUACACAAUGGGUGAUAAAGCAGAUGAUAUUUUGAGCACGCUCGGGUUGAAAGACGAAGAGAUAAAGAAGCAGCAACCAGUCAUGAGGGAAACAAAUGUUAAGGACAUUAAGGAGGCAAAUGUGGACGCAUUAAAGUUUAAGAAAAAGACUUUUAAAGAGAACCAAGCACGAAAACCAUUUGAAACAAAGUGUCAGUUUCAAAACCAAAGAGGGAACAAGUACUGUGGACGCUGUGGCAAAUCACCUGCACACUCCAAAAAUGACUGUGCCGCCAGAGACGCAGAGUGCAGAAAAUGUCGAAAAAUGGGACAUUUUGCAGCUCAGUGCAGGUCAGGCAGAGUUGGAGCAGUCCUGGAGGAUGAGGACAACAUUUUGUUUUUAGGAACAGUUUUGGCAGGAGCACAGCCCACCAACUGGAAAAAGACACUGGAAGUAAAUGGCAAAAAUGUGACAUUCAAACUGGAUACAGGAGCUGACGUGACCGUGAUACCAGCUGCUAUCUACUCAAAAGGCAUCUAUGGCCCACUCACCAGAGCAGAGAAGCCCCUGUGUGGUCCGAGUGGUGAAACCCUGAAAGUGAAAGGUCAGUUUGAUGCUGUAAUAAAAUACAAAGACAAUGCAACAACACAGCCCAUUUAUGUCGUACAAAGAUUGUCUACACCUCUGUUAGGAUUUCCUGCAAUUUCAGCACUAGGCCUGCUGCAUCCUGUGGACAGUGUCAAGGAGCUAGAGGCUGACAUGAAAAAACUGUACCCCAAGGUCUUUACAGGACUGGGCCUCCUAAAAGGAGAGUACAAAAUAAAGCUGAAAGAAGAUGCCAGGCCCUAUGCACUGUCACUUCCGCGACGAGUCCCACUACCUUUAUAUGACAAGGUGAAGGCAGAACUCAAGAGAAUGGAGAAAAUGGGAGUGAUUGAGCCGAUUGAGGAACCUACAGAGUGGUGCGCAGGAAUGGUGGUGGCUCCUAAGCCCAAUGAAAAAGUCAGAAUCUGCUCAGACAUGACUCACCUGAACGAGUAUGUUUGCAGAGAGCGCCACAUCCUGCCUGCUGUCGAUGAAACAUUGGCAAAGUUAGCAGGAGCAACAGUCUUCACAAAACUGGAUGCCACAGCUGGAUUUUGGCAGGUGCCUCUACAUCCAGACUCAGUUCCGCUGACGACUUUUAUAACACCGUUUGGAAGAUACUGCUACAAAAGGUUGCCAUUCGGAAUAUCGUCAGCACCGGAACAUUUUCAAAAGAGACUCACUCAGAUGAUGACAGGACUGGAGGGAACUGUGUGUCACGCAGAUGACAUACUGGUUUUCGGAUCCACCAGAGAACAGCACGAUCAAAGACUGCAAAGAGUGCUGGAGCGGCUCCAGCAGGAAGGGCUGACUCUCAACAACGAUAAGUGUCAGUUUGCAGUAGAAAAAGUCAUGUUCCUGGGUCACAUCGUGACAGCACAGGGCAUUGAAGCGGACCCUGGCAAAAUCAAAGCGAUUAUGGAGAUGCCUACACCUACAGAUACUGCAGAUGUAAAGAGGUUUGUGGGCAUGGUGAACUAUGUCGGAAAGUUUUCCCCACGUGUUGCUGAGCUCACACAGCCACUAAGAGAGCUCCUCAAAGCAGACACCGCUUGGGAAUGGGGGGCAGCACAACAGCGCGCCUUUGAUGAACUUCGACAAGAACUGAGCUCACCCACUGUCCUGGCUCAGUACUGUUUAAACAGAGAGACAAAAGUUGCUGCGGACGCAUCCUCUUUUGGGCUAGGAGGAGUUUUGUCACAAAAACAACCAACUGGUGACUGGCGACCUGUGGCUUUUAUUUCACGCAGCAUGACAAACGCAGAGCGCAGAUAUGCCCAAAUAGAGAAAGAGGCACUUGCGCUGACUUGGGCGUGUGAACGAUUUCAGUCUUACCUGGUAGGGAUGGACUUUUUGAUCCAGACAGAUCAUAAGCCUCUUAUUUCUCUACUAGGCGGCAGAGCUCUUGAUGACUUGCCACCUCGUAUUCUCAGAUUCAGAUUACGACUACUUCGCUUCACAUAUACAAUCGAACACGUUCCAGGAAAGAACUUAAUCACAGCUGAUGCAUUGUCCAGAGCACCCAUCCAAGCUCCGCCCACGAUGGAGGACAAGCAGUUGGAAGAAGAUGUAUGCGUGUCUGUCAACCAGAUUUUGCAACAGCUGCCAGCAACAGAAAGUAAGCUUGCACAAAUCAGACAGGCACAGGAAAAGGACUAUACAUGCAGAAAACUCAAACAGUUGAUCCAAACCGGGUGGCCGACCAGCAGGAAAGCUCUCCCACCAGAACUUCAAGAGUAUUGGCAGUACCACCAAGACCUGCUUGUUGCAGAUGGACUAUUGAUGAAAAGUGAAAGGCUUGUUAUUCCAGCCAGCAUGCAGGAAGAAAUGCUUAACAUUAUACAUGAAGGUCACCAGGGCAUGACAAAAUGCAUCGCGAGAGCACAGCAGUCCAUAUGGUGGCCUGGUUUAACCAAAAGGAUCAAGCUCAAAGUUGAAAACUGCCCAGUGUGUGCGCGGGAGGUUCACAACGUACCAGAGCCUCUCCUCACGACAGAACCACCUAACAGACCAUGGCAGCGUGUGGCAGCAGAUCUUUUCCAGUGGAAUCGUGCCAUGUACCUGUUAGUAAUAGACUAUUUUUCCCGAUACAUUGAAGUGGCCAAUCUUACCUCAACUACUGCGGUCUCAGUGAUUAACAAGAUGAAAGCGAUUUUUGCACGGCACGGGGUCCCGGAAACUCUUGUCACAGAUAACGGCCCCCAAUUUUCAGCAGCAGAAUUUGCGGCAUUUGCAAGGGACUAUGAUUUCAACCACGUGACUUCAAGUCCCCACUACCCUCAGAGUAAUGGGGAAGCGGAGAGGGCUGUGAGGACUGUCAAAUCUCUCCUGAAGAAGGGGGAGGAUCCACACAAGGCUCUCAUGGCGUACAGGGCCACACCCUUGGCUCAUGGCUCGUCACCUGCACAGUUGCUGAUGGGUCGUAACAUCAGGACACCGCUGCCCGUCAGUCAGGAGAAACUUCAACCAAAAUGGCCAGAUCUUCGACUAUUCCGGAGCAAAGACCAGGAUCAGAAACACAAACAAGCUAUCUGGUUCAACAAGAGACACAAAACACAAAUAAAACAAGAGCUCACACCAGGACAAAAGGUCUGGGUGAAGAACACCAACGACGCAGGAACAAUCAGCAGUCCAGCCAACACCCCGAGGUCAUACAACAUUGACAUGCCGUCGGGACAUCUCAGGAGAAACAGAUCUCACAUCAGAGUGAUUCCUGAGGGUGCCACAGUCACAAGAUCGGGGCGAGUUGUUCGCACUCCGCAGAGACUGGACUUAUGAUAAUAGGAUAGGACGCUGUGGUCCACAGGGCAGAAUAAUCCCUGCACAGCUUUGGGGGACCCAGGCAGUCACACCUGACCCCUAGACAGGUUCUGUGUCAUGUUUGUUAAAAAUGUUUAUUAGAAUUGUGACACUGUUAAAAGAAAAAAAAAAGAGGAAAGAAAAGGGAAGGUUGGUGCAAUUUUGGCAUGAUGUAAAAGCACUUAAAUGUUUAUUGAAUUUCAUGUCUCAAUGUUUAUUAUUAAUGUUACAGAAACAAGAAGAGCUAAAUAAUAAGAAAAGGGUUCUGUGAAAAAAUAAAUAGAAAUAUACACUCUAAGCUAAAGGGGGGAGAUGUACUGGAAGCAGUUAGAUAGGAACUAACGUGAUGUGUAUCCGGUAGGACACAUUAAGAGGUGACACGUUCCCAUGUCGAAGGAGGUUAAUAAAGCUUCAGAUGAAGACCUACGUGAGCCUUCU